AUGCUUCCCACAAGAGUACUGAGGGCAGCCCAGGGCGGCAAGGCCAACAUUACGGGCUUCAGCAUGCGUGCCUUCAAGGAGGCCGCCGGCAAGGCCCGCUACGACCCUUGGGAGAGAGCUGAUGCUUGGAGAUUUCAGGGCCACUUCACCCGCUGGAACCGCUACCGCGGCACCCUCCCUGGCCUCGGCACGGCGACGGUCCUAUUUGCCGGCUACUGCACAUAUGAGCACUUUUUCAUGCAAGACAAGCACCACCACGGCGAGGAGGAGACUCACCACUAG